ACGUUUCUGUAUUCAAUGAAAAAUAGAUUUUUAUAUUUUGCUAAAUCGGAUUAAGUGCAAGUUGAAUUUGACGAGUUACAGUUCUUAACAUUUCAUUUUUACUAUCAGUGCAGAUAUUACAAAUAAAAGAUGCCAAGAAAACCGAAUAAAAUCUCAUGGGGUGGCCGUGGUGGAAGAUCCGGAAAUUUUGACGAUGCACAUUAUUUUGCUCAUGAUGAUCGUAUACCAAGAAGUGAUGGAGGUUCAUAUCUUGGAAACAGACCUAGAGUAUCAUUUAAAACACAAGCUAGACCAACAAGGGAUGUGCCUAGAAGCUUGGCAUCGGCAUGUUUAGAUGAAGACGUUCAAAUGGCAACAAAUUCCAAUAACAAUAAUAGACAAGUUAUUAUAACAGGUAGAAACAGAGGUACUUUACGUGGAAGAAAUAGUCCUGUACCUUAUAGAAGAUUUAGGAUGCCAUUGGUUCCUAGAAUAAGGCAACUUCCUCUUGGAGAACCUAAUUGGUAUAAAAUUACUGUACCAUAUGGACAUAAAUACGAUAAAGAUUAUAUAAUAAAUAAUCUUCUUAGUUAUAUUGUACCAGAAACUUUUGUUCCAAUAAUGUACAAGGUAACUGGAAAUGAAGCCAGUUUUUAUGUAGACGAUCGCAAAAUUGCACUUGCUUUACUUGAUUGUGAUAGAAAGAUUACAACUACUGAUGGAUUCAAAUUACAAGUAAGAGUUUCAAAUCCAGCAUUUCCUCAGUGCGAAAUUGAUAAUAAGUUGAAAGAAAGACUGAAGCAAGCCAUGGCUAAACGAUAUGUGCAUGAGACAAAUGCAUUAGAUUUGUCAAAGUUUCAUAGAGACCCUGAUCUCAUCGCUGACUAUUUUUGUGCAUUAUUCCGACCUGUAAUGUUAAAAGUAGUAUUAGAUAUUGUAUCAGAUUACAUACCUAAUUUGGAAGCACUAAAUUUAGAUGGGAAUAAAUUGCAAUUUGUCGAAAAGUUAAACAUUUUGAAUAAAAAAUUUACAAGAUUAAAGAUACUCUAUAUUGGAAAUAAUAAGAUAAAAGACAUGAACCAACUAGAUACUCUCAAAGAUUUGAAACUGGAAGAAUUAAAACUGGCUGGGAAUCCCAUAUGUAUCAAAUAUAAAUCACGACAAAAUGACUAUAUUAGCGAUGUGCGGAAACGGUUUCCCAAACUCUUGCGACUGGACGGUAUGGAACUUCCAAAGCCAAUCUUGUUUGACGUAGUGGACGAAGGAAACAAAGUACCCCCUUCUCGGAGGAUGUUCGUUGCAAACGCGAAAGCGCAAGAAAUUGCUAGUCAAUUUCUACAACAAUACUUUCUUAUAUUUGAUAGUGAAAAUCGUCAACCAUUGUUAGAUGCGUAUGUCGAACAUGCGUGUUUUAGUAUGUCAGUGUCUUACGCUUUUAAUGCUAACAAAUUGAAUGGAUAUCUAAUGGAAAGUAGAAAUUUGUACAGAAUUAAUGAUACGAAUAAGAGACAUAAGUUAUUGAAACAGGGUCGUUUACCCGUUGUUUCGUUUAUUUCUGAAAUGCCACAAACUUCUCACUAUCUAAACACAUUUACGAUGGACAUCAGUUUAAUAACGGCUGGAAUGAUGUUAAUUACAGUCACAGGACUGUUCAAAGAACUCGAUAAAAAGGAGCAGCCUAUUCGAUACUUCAAUCGUACGUUUUUAAUAGUACCGGAAGGAAGUGGUUACUGUAUUCGAAACGAGCAGUUACAUAUCAGUCAACCGAUAGACGCACAGUUGAAACAAUUAAAUAGUCAACCAGAGGCACAAAUGACAGAUUCAGGAUCACAAGCUGCUUCAAGUAGUGGUACUGCAAAAUCAUUACCAGUACAGUUAUCCGAAGAUGUAAAACAACAAAUGACGGUGACACUCAGUCAACAAACAAAUAUGAAUUUAGAAUGGAGUUUGAAGUGUCUAGAAGAAGUGUUAUGGAAUUACGACAAUGCACUCUCAGCGUUUCAAGAAUUCUACAAGCGUGGUCAAAUACCUGCGGAAGCAUUUAAUAAAUGA